AUGGGGGAGGAGGAGGAUAAGUUGAUGGACAUAGCGGUAUGUUUGGAACCCACGAACGUGGUGGGGGCAGCGCAGCGAGGAUUCGAGCUCCUGAAGAUAUCAGACAACACGGUGGCUCUGUAUAAGACAGUCAAGUGGCGAACGUCGGACGACCUUUUAUCGUCAGGACUGCUGAAGGACGCUGGAUCCGGUGUGCUGAAUGAUUCGGGAUCGAGUUUUCUGAAGGAUUCUGGCCAGAGUUUGGUGAGGGGUCCAGGAUCGGAGAAGAACGCGCCAGAGAAUGCGGCGGGGGAAGGCGAGGCGGGUGAAGAGAAGGCGUCUGCGACCGAGACGCAGGCCGCCGCCAUUCCAGUUAUUCCGGCGUCAGUUGUUGUUCCAGAGGAGUCAGUUGAGAAUGAUGGGGUGAUGAAUGGGCCGGAGUUGACAGCUGAUGAGGAGUUGCAGAAUGACUUGGAAUUGGAACGUGUGGAGAAGGCUGUUUUUGAGAUGGUGGAUGAGUCAGACCGUUCGUUAUUUAUAGACUUGAUGCGUACGGAGACGGAGUUGUUUUUGUUGUUCGCUGACUGGACUGAGAAGCAGCGACGGAAGCUGGUGGAUUUGCAAUUGCGAAAUGGAGAU